AUGUCUCAAUCACUGCGGCCGUACCUGCAAUGCGUACGAAGCAGCUUGAUUGCCGCCCUGACGCUCUCCAACUUUGCCUCCCAGACCACCGAGCGUCACAAUGUCCCCGAGAUCGAAGCUCAGACCUCGCCCGAGGUGCUGCUCACGCCCCUGACCAUUGCCCGUAACGAGAACGAGCGAGUCUUGAUCGAGCCGAGCAUCAACUCCGUCCGCAUCAGCAUCAAGAUCAAGCAGGCCGAUGAGAUUGAGAACCUGCUCGUCCACAAGUUUACCCGAUUCCUGGAGAUGAGAGCGGAAUCAUUCUUCAUUCUGCGGAGAAAACCCAUUCCCGGCUAUGACAUUUCCUUCCUGAUAACAAACUUCCACACCGAAGAGAUGCUGAAGCACAAGCUUGUCGACUUUAUCAUUGAGUUCCAGGAGGAGGUUGACAAGGAAAUUUCCGAGAUGAAGCUCUUCCUUAACGCCCGAGCACGAUUCGUUGCCGAGUCUUUCCUGACACCUUUUGAUUAA